GUCGGGUCAAUCAUCAGUGAUCAUCUGCGCAGAUAGGGCGCCAAUCCCAGAGCCAACAUCUUGGAAAAUUGCAGGACUCGAGUUGUAACGCGGAAAAUGUGCAAUAAUGAUUGAGAGUUGUAUCUGCGGUGUGCAAGGAGCCCUAUCGAGAUAUCACAGAAGGCUUGCGGACUCCAAAAGAUCCGCCUGGCUCCGCCGAGUUAUGAAGAUGGGAAGCGGCGAGGUGCAAUGGUGCUUCUCACAAGUUAAAGGGACAGUAGAAGAUGAUGUUACCGAUGCCGAUAUCAUUUCCACAGUAGAGUUCAACCACGACGGAGAGCUGCUAGCCACCGGCGACAAAGGCGGUCGCGUUGUCAUAUUCCAAAGGGAAGAACAGAGUAAAAACUGCACGCCACCGAGAGGAGAGUACAACGUAUACAGCACGUUCCAAAGCCACGAGCCUGAGUUUGACUAUUUGAAAAGCUUAGAAAUUGAAGAGAAGAUCAACAAAAUCAAAUGGCUCAACCGCCAAAACUACGCCCAUUUUCUGCUUUCAACAAACGAUAAAACAAUAAAACUUUGGAAAGUCUCGGAGCGGGACAAGAAAUGGGUAGGUUCCAACUUGACUGAGGAGGACGGCGCAUUACGGGACCCCUGCCAAAUCACGUCAGUGCGCCUACCCGCAGUACAACCCAUCGAAUUAAUGGUAGAAGCAAGCCCUAGGAGAGUAUUUUCUAAUGCCCACACGUACCACAUCAACUCGAUAUCAGUCAACAGUGAUGGGGAGACGUAUAUAUCAGCCGAUGACCUUAGAAUCAACCUAUGGCAUCUAGGAAUCACAGACCAGAGUUUUAAUAUUGUUGAUAUUAAGCCAGCCAAUAUGGAGGAGCUAACGGAGGUCAUCACGGCGGCCGAGUUCCACCCUAGGGAGUGUAAUGUAUUUGUUUAUAGCAGUAGUAAAGGCAGCAUCAGGUUAUGCGACAUGAGGCAGGCGGCGUUAUGCGACCAAAGUGCAAAAAUGUUUGAAGAGCCCGAGGACCCCAGCAAUCGUUCCUUCUUCUCCGAGAUCAUCUCCUCCAUCUCAGACGUGCGGUUCAGCCGCAGCGGCCGCUACCUGAUCUCCCGGGACUACCUGUCGGUCAAGGUCUGGGACGUCCUGAUGGACACCAAGCCCGUGGAGACCUUCCCCGUCCACGAGUACCUGCGCAGCAAGCUCUGCUCGCUCUACGAGAACGACUGCAUCUUUGACAAGUUUGAGUGCGUCUGGAACGGCAACGACACGGCCAUCAUGACCGGCUCGUACAACAACUUCUUCCGGAUAUUCGACCGGAACACGAAGCGGGACUCCACGCUGGAGGCGUCGCGGGACAGCACCAAGCCCAUGCAGGUGCUGAAGCCGCGGCGCGUCAACACGGGCGGCAAGCGCAAGAAGGACGAGAUCAGCGUGGACAGCUUAGACUUCACCCGCAAGAUCCUGCACACGGCCUGGCACCCCAAGGAGAACAUCAUCGCCGUGGCCGCUACAAAUAAUUUGUACCUCUUCCAAGAAAAGCCCCCGAGCUAAAACCGGCUUUAGUUUUGUACUCUCAUCGUCUCUCUUAAUUAAAAAAAAAAAAAAAAAACCAGUGUCCCUCCUCCGUAAUGUGUUUGAGAAAGAAAAAAAAAAACCGAGAAAGACAAACAAACCAUCCUCAUGUCUUCGGUGGAUUAAUGCUGCCGUUGUCAAUGUCGUCAUUGUUUUGUUCCAUUUUGUGGUUAUGCUGGAGGAAUGCCAAAAAUGUACAGUGGUGUAAUUUUUUGUAGCGUUGUACAAGGGAGAAAAAAAUGGAAUAUACUAAAAGAAGGUCCACAAGUGCUUUGGUUGAGAGGGUCGCUUUUGUAGGUCUGUAAUGAGGCUGUGCGUCGGUGCCCUCAUCUAGAUGUCAUGCAUAGUUGGUGUCUGAGAGGGUGCCCUUUGUUAUUUAAAUUUAGUAACAAUGAAUGCAUAAAAGGUUUUACUCGCGCCUAUCCAAGCGAUGCCAAACCGUUGCCCUCUAACUCCGCCUUCACGCAUAAGGAGUGCGUUUGAUUACUUCACCCAGCUUACUCGCGCCUGGCUCCUCGCGUGAUGACAGACAUGCGCAGCGGAGCUAAAUAAACAAACGGUGUCGGGUAAAGUUUCGUGCAAGAGCUGGAAAGUUGAACUUUGACAUGACACUGAGGCUGCAUCCGAAUCAACUGUUUAGAGCUAGUUCUACUAGGUCAGCGCCCAUUGAAAACUACGCGGGGACGCGCUGACAAUAGACGAAGCCGUAGCUCUGGAAGCCUGUUUCCCACAUAGCCUGAGGCGCCUGCUUGACGUCACGUUGGCAGCCAUGUUUAUUGCAUGGCCUUAUGGGAUACUUACCCAAGUAACCGGCUCGGCGAGUCGGUGACUUUUGCCAGGCUCGAGCAAGCGCGAGAAUUCACGUGAGAGGUAAAUCGAAUGCUGUCGCGCUUGCACGAGUAAGCGCGGGGAAGAAAUCGAACGCACUCAAGGUCUGUUGUGGGCACCAGUGUUCAACUAGUUCGAACAACUUGCCAAAAAAAAAAAAAAAGAGAAGCGAACAUGUCAUGGUGGCUGCUAUGUAGAAUUAAUAGACAGUACAAAUUGCUUCUGCACUGUCUAUUCCUGCCAGAUGAUCACAUAUAUUUCAGAAACUAAAUGUCGUGACUUCAACCCAGAGUCAGAAUAAGUGAGGAUUGAAGAAAGUUUGCCCACUAUAAACUCAACGGGUCCAAGACACGGGAACAGUUUUGUGAUAAUCCUGUGUCGUAAAAAACAGGGUUAAACCUGUUAAAGUUGCUCUAUUUUGUUUUGGAUAUUUUUAAUUUCUCAUGGGUCUCAAGUUAUAAACUGCUUGACCCAUGUAAAAAUUUUAAAGUACACUUUCCACACAAAAAAUAUAUAAAGAAUAUGACUUUAUGAAAGUACUUAUCAAUUUUGUUUUGUCUUUGAGGACAUCAACUCGGGUAACGGCAGGAUUUCGUGAAUUAUUUUUGUGGAGAAAUAUGUUCACCCAAAGACAAAUGCUUUGCAGCUUUUCAAUUAUAAAAAUGUACCAUCCAGUCUUUCAAGAAGGCAUGGUUAUCAUUGCCAUAUCAAUUUCAGACCUCCCCCUGAACUCUUCCACUCCUUGCCCCACCCCCAGUCCUUCCCUCAAACAAAGGAGAUUCGUUUACUGACAUUUUCAGCGAAACUUUUGCAGUGACCUACGGCCCAACUCCAACUAUAGCCAUGGACAGCUCAGCUGAUGUAGUGUAGACUAAGAAUUUGUAUAUAUUAAAUUUAACAACAAAAAUAACACCAAAAAAAAAUAACACAGAAAAAGUGCAAAACGAGACGGCAUAAUAGGAUGGGAUAUAAUGUAAGAUUCGGUGGUGUACACCGACGGAGUUGGUCAAGUUUUUGUUACUUUUUUGUUUUGUUUUUUGGUUCCAUGUAUUAUGCUUGUGAAAUAUAUUUGAGGGCUGUCGAAAUCGUCUACGAAAAUAAUUGUACAUGUACGUAUAUGUUGAGCAUGUGAUUAUUUUUAUAUAUUUUUUGGUGCUGUCGAUCAGAACGUGAUUGUUGGCUUGGGAUGGGGGGAGAUUAAUCGGGGGCGGGACUUGGAGAGGGGGGGGUCUCGUUCAAAAUUUGCUAGUGUAAAAACUUUUGUGCGGGUACUAGUUUUAUAGUCUGUGGUUAAACACAUCUUCAGAUGUUACGGCCUUUAAGCAUCAGAGAGGUGUUCGUUUCUGGUUGAGCAGAAAUCACACUGUGCUGCUUGGGUUCGCACGUUCUCGACUUUAAUAAUUUUGACUGGCCGUCAUUGGGGUUUUUUACUCCAAACCUCGGUUUGUGUCUGGCUGUAGUUUCAGGAGAUUGAUUGGGCCCCUGGCCUGUCCGUGCUCUGUUCUGGGAACAUCAAAUCCUAUAAUCUGAGACUCGAGUUUAAUACAGUUGAAACCCUGCUUAUAACAAGGAAAAUGUUAUGCCCCAAGUCUUUUUCCCCUUGGUUUCCCUUUGUUUGGCAUUACAUAGGCCUACCCCCUACCCUAAAACGCCACUGCUUGUUAUAAAUGCACAGACGUGAAUUGUUGAGGAAACAUAUUUCAAAAGCGGAGUUUCUACACUCCACAAUUUUCCAAUUUAUGUAAAAGCAUUUCCUCGUCAGGGCAACGCACCAUAAAACCUUCCUUGUUGGUGCAAACAACUGAUGCUUCUCGUACUUCUCAUUGAACAAAAAGCAGCAUAUACAGAAAUUGGUAGUCAUGCGUAUUUCCCACAAUACUUGGUUAACCAACCAUAACUGCCGUGACAAAGCGUGUUGACGACCAAUUUCUGAGGUAGUGGAUUUUCACAAUUUUUUUUUAUAGUCGUCACCAAUAUGACUCAUGAUUUGAAGCGAUGAACACAGACAUAUUCUAGCAAACUACAACUUUCUUUUUUCCAUCAGUAGGGAACAAGACUCUUAAUAUAUUUCAAUCGUGUUAACAAUCGAGUUGCCAAAAUUUGUCUUGCCCCAAAAUUGUGCCCAUUUACUCAUUAAACUGAAGGGGGACAAAAUGCCUUAAUGAUUAGAUACUGAUUCUGGGAGAGUCUGAAAUUUAACAAUAAAAACUUAUCCUUCAAAAAAAUGUGAGGAAAAAAAUUGUUUUCUGAAACCAGAGGUAUGCGUUGUGGAGGAAAGAUGGCCAAAUAUGUGGAGAUUUCAGUGCAUGUGUUUAUCUACAUUUUGUUCUGGCCAAACUGUUUUGUCGGUUGGAACAACCGGUGUUGGGUGUUUAUGACAGAUUGGUCAGAUUCACAACACAUGGAAGCCUGUACAAAUCUCUGUUUUGGGGAAGAGACUGUUUUAUUUCCCUAUUAAACUAGGGUAAAUUCUCUUCGUGAUAAUUCAGCAAAUUGAUGUCCAUUUCAACCCCCGACAUCCUGUUUUGUUCACGGAAUGGCCUUUGUCAUUUGCUUCAUAAUUCACGAGUUUAAAAACACCUCAGUAUUAUACGAUUGUACAAACAUGCGGCCAAUGCCAUGGAUCUAGUACAUGUAAGCACAAAAAUGUUUGCUUAGUCAGUACAGGGUACCAGCCAAAGUAUCAUGCGAUGUAUAUUUUUUAUGGCUGGUUAUCACCUGAUUUACACUUUGCACUUCAAUUUGCUCAACAGUUCUGUGGUAUUGGGCCCUGCGUGCAAAGGGAACAGCGUUAACAUUCCAAUAGUCCUAAGACCAAAUGACGUCCGAUGUGUUUACAUGUGGGCUUUCCUAUGAGCGUGACGUCAUUAGGUCUCAGGUCCAUUUGUUGUGGGGGGGGGGGGAGUUGUGUUGAUUGGCUUGAUAAUACGGAAACUUACGUCAGUUGUAGCAUUUGAGAACAGACUUUUCAGGUAUGUCCAGAUAUUGGUUGGGUGUUGGUAAGCCCAAAUAGUCACACGGACAACGUCAUACAUAAGACGUGUUAUUUGGGAUAGUCAUUGUUCUGGCUGGAAAAAAAAUCGAACUAGUGGCCUGACUUGUGAUACGUUUAUAUCUACUCUGGUUUGAGUUAAGUUCCGUUGUGCCAAUCCUUGUGAAGGUUGCGUGGCUUUUUCCCUGUUCUGUUUUGUAAAAAUAAAAAAUAUGUUAUAAUGUAAUGGUAUGAUAAUGCAUGGGACUCGUAAAAGAAAAACUGGCACAGUUUCCCUUUUUUUCGGGAAAAAAAAAACACAUGAACAUCAAAAUGAUCAUGAAACUUUUGCCUUCUAUAUAUGACACAAUUGGGUUAAACUGACAUCACCGAGCCAAACAUCAUUUUGUUAUGCCCUGUUAUCUGUAUACACUCUCUGUCCAGUUUGCGUCGAGACUAGCUGUUUUUGGAUGGGAACAAGAACAGAACUGUUUCUGCUCCGUUGGUAUUUUGUAAUAAAUUAAAGUGGCUGAUGAGUGCUAUGCUGCAGGUGUCGGGCCGGAGUUCAUUGUCUGGUUUGUAUAGUGUACGCCCUUAAUGUGCCUGUACAUACCAAAAAAACAAAAAUCACAAUCAAUUGGGAAAACUGUGUAAUUAUGUAAUAAAAGACUGUAAUAAAAGACUCCAAAUGCACAACAAAAAUGGGCCUACUUAAACUAUGUAUCCUAUCCCAAACUGUAAUAUAUGUAUGAACUUAUAAAAGAAAAGUUAUGUGCAACUUGACACGGUAGACUCAAAUUGUGGGUGCGACAUUGAAUCACUUUACAUGUACUUUUUCUAUAAUGUACUAAGGGGAAAAUAAGUAGCCAACAGAUGAAGUUCUGUUUUCAGUGGAAAAAAGGUUUUGGCGGACUUAAGAUUAGGACUUUGAAAAUGAUUGUAUGAAGACUGUAUCUUUUCUGUUUACAACCCAUAGUCUGGCCUACAAAAUGUGUUUAGCGAGUGAACACAAUUCUUACUAAUGUUUUGCUAUCACCUCGUGCUAAAAGUAUUUAGCAAGUUAACAUGCUUACAAACUGAUAGCAAGAAAGUGUUUAGAAUUGUAGGCCAGGCAAAUAUCCACACAGGGGCAAUUAGGCUACCUUUGUCCCAAUGCCUAAAAUUGAAAACUUGGUCCCAUGGUCAAUUUGACCUCUCUUGGAAAAUUACUCAUAACUCUGUCAAAAACCAUUAGAUUUGGACGAUUGAUGCUUUAUUUUAAAGUGGAAAGGCGUAUCUUUUAAACCAUACCUAUGUUAUCUAUCUAGGUUACACAUCCUACGUCUGGCAUUCUGCUAUAUUUUGUUCGCAUUUUGUUUUGAUACACACUGUACAAAGUGACUUUUUGGUAGCAACCUCAGUCCAAAGGUUUCGAGCAGUACGCUCCCACAACCUGCUCUUGACGACGAGGUUGAAAGUAAAGUUGGCCCCGAGGACAAGGAUGAUUUUAAAGUGCCCUGACCACAUGGUUGUUUUUAAAAAUGCAUAUCUGUGCCUACAACCACACUUGUGUCAAUAUGUCAUACCCAUGAAUAUUUUUUUAUUUACCAUUAUUUGUGGUGUACAAUAAUUGAAAUGGUGUAAAUCCUCUAUUGAACAGGACCACAACAGAAUGUGCCAGCCAUUAUAGGGGACAAAAUGGCCUACGAAAAAAAACUUGCUGACCACAUUUUGUAAUAGGAUUACUGUAAUAACGUAUAACUGAAGUGAAUGUUUUUGUGAUUUGCUUCUUUUUUUUUUCAUUUCGGAGGGAACAUACAUUGCCACCGAAUGGAACCUCUCAUUGUAGGGACAUAAAAUAUGAAUUUGCGAGGGAGGAGACUGCUCAACAAAGACAAAAAAAUAUACUGUUUAAAGAGUAAAGAACGUGGAUUGUAAAGGUAAAAUAAAAUAAAAACUAUGAACGUGUA